GCUGGGGCUCUGCUGGUGGACCCUGGUCCAGGCAGGGGCUCCUAGGCCAGCGCUGGUGGGAGGAGAAGGCGUCACUUCCGGGGGCCCUCGCCAGUGUCUGUGGCUCCCUGCACUCUGAUUGGGCAGAAGUAUCCUGGACAGGCGGGUGACCCCACUGAGUGGAGGGGCAAGGCCCCAGUGCCACACACGCCUUCCUCUCCAUCGGCUGCCCCGAGUGCCACACCUGGGGCCUGGAGUCCUUCUUCCCCUGUUGAGGCUGACCACGGAAGAUGGACAUCAACCUACUCAGCAAGUCCCCAGCCUGAGCCAUUGGCAGCAGGAAGGAAGUUCCAGGACACUUUGCCCAUCUCUUGUCUUUGGAAGACCAGGAUAGAUUCCAGACCCUCUUUCUCGGCCCACCUGUGCCCCAGCCCACUCUGCCCAGAAGUGCCAGAGCCCCAGCCGCCUCCAUGGCCUCAGGAAGGAUUCAGGGGAGAGGCCCCAUUCAGGGGAGCCAUUCGGAGCAGACAGCCUGGCCAGAAUGGAGCUGACUGAACUGCUCCUCGCCGCCAUGCUUCUGCUCUCAGCAAGACUCACUCUGUCCAGCGUGGCUCCUCCUGCCUGUGACCGCCGACUCUUAAACAAACUGCUUCGAGACUCCCAAGUUCUUCACAGCAGACUGGGCCAGUGCCCAGAAGUUAACCCUUUGUCCUCACCUGUCCUGUUGCCUGCUGUGGACUUCAGCUUGGCAGAAUGGAAAACCCAGACGGAGCAGGCCCGAGCACAGGACGUGCUGGGAGCAGCGGCCUUGCUGCUGGAGGGAGUGAUGGCAGCACGGGGACAGCUGGGACCCACCUGCCUUUCAUCCUUGCUGGGACAGCUUGCGGGACAAGUCCGCCUCCUCCUUGGGGCUCUGCAAGGCCUGCUUGGAACCCAGCUUCCUCCACAGGGCAGGACCACAGUUCACCAGGACCCCAACGCCAUCUUCCUGAGCUUCCAGCAACUGCUUCGAGGCAAAGUGCGUUUCUUGCUGCUCGUAGUGGGGCCUGCCCUCUGUGCCAGGCGAGCCCUGCCCACCACAGCUGGGCCAAACGGCCCCUCACUACCCCUCAAGCUGAACCAGCUCCCACACAGAACUUCCGGAGCACUGGAGACCAAUGCCAGUGUCUCAGCCAGAACUACGGGCUCUGGACUUGGGCAGAGUCUGCAGGCAUUCGAAGCCUUCAUGCCUGGGCUGCUGCUGAACCAAACUUUCUGGGAUAUGGAACGAGCUUCUGGACACCCAAACUGGACACAGGGACUCCUGAAUGGAACACAUGGAUUCUUUCCUGGUCCCUCACCCCAGGCGAUAAGCACCCCAAACAUUGGAACUAUGGACACUGGCUCUCUGCCACAAAGCCUCCAGCCUGGAUCCUCUUCUUCUUCUACCCAGCCUCCUCCUGGACUAGCCAUGCUCUCCUCUCCUUUGCCCCCCUUGCUCAACGCCUCUGGGCCUCACCUCACGGCAGCCCACCCUGACUUCCAGAAUCAGUCUCAGGAAGGGCCAGGGCCUCCGGCCCCGCAUCCCCUAGACUUACCUCCUAUGUAAAUCCUUGAUGUGCCCAGGAGGCUCUGAGAAGCAGCUGCAGCAAUUCCAUAAUUCCUGCAGCUUUUACCUGAACCCCACAGCCCUAGAAAAAUGGGGUCCACAGGACAGAAAAGGGGGCUCAUUUUUCACUGUAUAUUAGAAAAUUUCAAAGCUAUUUUUUUAAACUAUCAAGAAUAUUCACCAGAA